AUGUUAGCUUACGGACUGGCUAAGGAGUGCCUGGAUAUGUCUACCCGGGUAUUAUCGCUAGAGUUGGCACCACUGAUCCGAGUGAAUGCAAUCAGUCCCGGCUCAGUGUUGUCCCACCCGUUGAAUACGCCAGACCCGGUGGCUGUGGCCCAGUAUAACAAGACCGUCAAAAUCACACCAUUGGCCAGAAUAGGUCAGCCCUCAGACAUCGCCAAAGGUGUGGUAUUCCUGGCCUCCAGUGAUGCCGAGUUCAUCACCGGUCAGAAUCUGGUCAUCGAUGGCGGACUCAACUAUAACAUGGACUCAAACUUUUCUAAUCCAUAA